AAUUUUCAAAACGUCACUUUGACUCAAUAAAUUCCAAAUUUCCGUUAUGCAAUCCAAACACAUCUUCAAAAGCAAAUCUGAAAUGAACGAGAACAUUUUCAGGCUAUGUUACGGGGACCUUUACAUCAUUGGAAGGUUGUGGAUAGAGACGCUGAAGUCUGUCCUAGUUGGUGCAAACAUGGCCCUAAUACCAGCUGUGUACGCCGCUGCACCAGCUCCAGAACCGAAAUAUCCACCAUUGAUGAAAUACAAAGAUCUACCACUGUACCAGAGCCCGCACUACGAGUACAAAGAUCACGUCGCUGAUAAAGAAAAGUGUCCAAUGGCCCACACGCCGCUGCUCCAGGAAUACCUGCUUCCCUCAGUAAAAACUUUCAGGAUGGACACCCAAAAGAGUAUGUGCCAAAUCGGCUGUGGUUUCUCCAAUGCGUGGCAACAGUUGAAGAUGGAAAUGGCGGAUCACGAGAGGAACUUCAAGAGGUACAUGCGCAAUCCAGAGAAUUACACAAUGCGCAUCACGAGCGUUGUGUUGGGAACUAUUUCUGGGUUCUAUUUGACGCGAAAGCGAGGAGUGCCCGGGAAAAUUUUUGGCACCACGCUCGGUGGCCUUGUGGCCGGUUCUGUGUCGUUUCCUGAUGAAAGUGAUAGUGCUUUUAGGGAGAUAUUAUAUAGGGGUGGUAAAGUUUUAAUAUAUAUGUAUAAUAUAUUAUGUAGUGAUGAUUACGCUUUGGAGGAGAGGUUGUCGUGUAGAGAAGAUUUGCCCCCAAAUCCACCGCCGAGGAAACCCCAGUGUCCAAUGAAAUAAUUUUUGUUUCUCAUUAAACAAUUCAAAGGAAA